AUGCGUGUGGCGAACUCCUGCUUUCGAAACAAAGCCCUCCAGCCUUCAGCCCCUCCAGCCCCUGUCUUUAAGCCCUCCAGCCCUUCAGCCCCUCCAGCCCUGUCUUUAGCCCUCCAGCCCCUUCAGGCCCCUCCAGACCCUGACUUUAAGCUCUCCAGCCCCUUCAGCCCCUCCAGACCCUCCCUCCAGCCCCUUCAGCCCCUGUCUUUAAGCCCUCCAGCCCCUUCAGCCCCUCCAGCCCCUGACGAAGUGGUUGUGCCCCGCGAGACGGUCACGUGGGCGGAGGCGUGGUUGGUGGUGUACUCGAUCACGUCAUGGGAAACGUUUCGGGUGGCGGUGCGGGCGGUGGAGGCGGUGGCGGCGGCGUGCGGCGGCGACCAACCCAACCCGCCCGUGCUCAUCAUGGCCAACAAGAAGGACCUGGAACAUAUCAGACAGGUUCCAGAGAGCGAAGGCAGGAAGCUGGCAGAGCAAUACGGUUGUCGUUUCGUCGAAGUUUCAGCGGCUGAGAUGGUCUCUCAGGUCAACGACUCGAUCGACGGCCUCUUGCGCCAAGUGUCUCAGCUGAAGGGCCAGACGUCCCCAAGGCUCCGUAAACUCAGCGUUUCGAAGAUGUUCAAUCAGCUAAUGAACCGCACCAGCUCGGGAGGCAGUCACCAGGAGCACCGCGCGGUCAUGCCUCGAGUCUCGAUCAGGGACCGCGCUCGGAAGAGAGGCCACAUCCGACAGAGUUGAGGGGAGGGGAGGCGGCGGAGAGCCGGCUUGGAGGGCUAUGGAAAGUGGACAAGAUGUUGUGGCGGCGAAAGUCGCACUGCUUGAUCUGCAGCAGGCGGUGAAGUGAAGUUGUUUGUGGUGUCAGUGACCUGCCAUUUGAUUUGCCUCUAUGGCUGACUUGACCUAACGAUGGCUAGGGGAAAGGGGAGAGGGGAAAGGUUGCACUGAACAACAGGUUCAAGUGUUCAACAUUUCUAAAACGGCUGGCACACAUUUCUUUCUUAAGUGGAAAAUGUUCCCAGAAAACAAGUAAACGCAUAUUUCAGUCCAUUGGUUCUGAAAUGCUAGAUCGCACAGACA